GCCAGGCACUCGUCGCCAUGCCUGCUCUCUGCUGUGCGCUGCUGUUCCUGCUGCCGGCCCUGCUGGCCCGGGCGGACCCAGACCCAGACCCAGACCCGGGCACGGGCGCUGGCCAGGGCAGCAGGAGUGACAUCGACAUCUACAGCUUCCUGAUCGAGUCCCGCGUGGCCAGCCGCUAUGCGCGCACGGUCAUCACCAGCCGCGUGGCCAACCGCGCUGACCGCUCCCAGGAGAUCGCCUUCCAGGUGGAGCUGCCCAAGACCGCCUUCAUCAGCAACUUCAGCAUGACUGUCCAGGGCCGGACCUACGUGGGCGUGGUGAAGGAGAAGGAGGCGGCGCGCCAGCAGUACUCCGAGGCGGUGUCCCGCGGGGAGAGCGCGGGGCUGGUGGGCACGGUGGGGCGCACUCUGGAGGAGUUCAAGACGUCAGUGAACGUGGCACCCUUGAGCAAGGUGACCUUCGAGCUGACCUACGAGGAGCUGCUGAAGAGGCGCCUGGGGAAGUACGAGCUGAUGAUCAAGGCCCGGCCCAAGCAAGUCGUCAGCAACUUCAAGAUCGACGUGAGGAUCUACGAGCCCCAGGGGAUCCGCUCGGUGGAAGCGCAGGGCAGCCUGACCUCCGGCGCACAGCCCGACCUCCUGCAGAUCAGCGAGUCCGAGGGCACGGUGGCCCAUGUGGAGUUCGCGCCGACCGUCGAGCAGCAGCAGUGCGCCGACUGCGCGGGCAGCGGGCUGGACGGCGACCUGGUCAUCAAGUACGACGUCAACCGGGAGCUGCCGCAGGGCGUGCUGCAGGUGCAAAAUGGGUAUUUUGUCCAUUACUUCUCCCCUGCUAACAUCGAGCGCAUCCCCAAGAAUGUGGUCUUUGUCAUCGACCGCAGUGGCUCCAUGUCGGGCAGGAAAAUCGUGCAGACCCGGGAGGCCUUGCUGAAGAUCCUGGCCGACGUCCACGAGGACGACCACUUCGGGCUGAUCACGUUCGACAGCGAGGUCACGCCCUGGAAGGACUCGCUGGUGCGGGCGAGCGGCGGCAUGCUGGAGGAGGCGCGGGGGUUCGUCCGCCAGAUCACCGACCGCGGGGCUACAGACAUCAAUGCAGCCCUGGAGAAGGGGGUGGCCAUGCUGAACAAGGCCAAGGAAGAGAAGACAGUCCCAGAGGGCAGCACCUCCAUCAUCAUCCUGCUCACGGACGGGGAUCCCACCACAGGUGUUACCAACCUGGGCGCUAUCCAGGCGAACGUGAAGGAAGCCAUCCAGAAGAGAUACACUCUGUACUGCCUGGGCUUCGGCUUCGACGUCAACCUCAAGUUCCUGGAGAAGAUGGCUCUGGAGAACGGGGGCGUGGCGCGCAGGAUCUACGAGGACUCUGACUCCGACCUGCAGCUCCAGGGCUUCUACGAGGAGGUGGCCACGCCCCUGCUGGUGAACGUGGAGAUGCUGUACGCGCACGGCGACGCGGCCAACGUCACCCAGAGCACCUUCGACAAGUUCUACAACGGCUCCGAGAUCGUGGUCGCCGGGCGCAUCUCCGACAACAGCCUGGAGGUCCUGACUGCGGAGGUCAAGGCCCAGUCCAAAGACAGCAUUGUGACGUACCAGGCGCAGAUCCCUGUGGCAGGGGAAGGGGUGGGGAAGGACUUCCCGAAGGCGGAGUAUAUCUACGGGGAGUACAUCGAGAGGCUCUGGGCCUACCUGACCGUACAGCAGCUUCUGGAGCAAGAGGUACUGGCCAGCGACAGCGACAAGCCAGAAAUCAGGCAGUGCGCCCAGAACCUCUCCCUGCAGUACAACUUUGUGACCCCGCUGACCUCCAUGGUGGUCACCAGACCGGAGGAGGGCCAGAGCUCUGUCCCCCAGGUGGCAGAGAAACCCAGCGAAGAGCAGGCUCAGAACCGCAGGCAUGGCACCAGAAGAUACCACACCCAAAAUCAUCCUAUCGUCCAUCAUCUGUCAGGUCAGGCUGUCAUUCCUGGCCUACUUGGCCUACCUGGCUUUGAUCAACCUAGUAGGACGACAGUUGACCGCACUAAACAACGAUCCCCUUCAAAAUCCAUCUCUCGGCCUGGGUUCAGGUUUCGAGGAGGCUCCGAAAGAAUAGGUCUCUCUGCUGACACCAGUCUCGGUUUUGAUUACAGACACAUGGGUUUAGAAUAUGAUGAUGUGACUGAUUUUGUGCAUGUAGCAAUCCCCACAAGGAGACCAGGGCUAGAUCGAACAACUCCAAGAAUUAUAAUUCCAGCUCCGGGAAAUCAUCUCCCAAUCUGCUUCGAGAUUCCUGUCUCAGGUGGACAGAUUGUGAAGCUGCUUGAAGACCCAAGUGCAGGCAUCGUCGUCAGGGGGGAGGUAAUGAGUAGAAGAGUCCGGGCUUUCCAGAAGCUCGGGAUUUGGUACAACGAGGAGUUCCACAUCGUGGCCACCCCAUCCAGCGUCUCCCUGACCAACAACCACACCUUGACUGCCCGCUGGUGGUCCUGGCCCGCUGCCAACUACACGUCGGGCAGUGUCUCCCUGGCCGUGGUGGACACCGUGCUUGAAGUGACCUUGGGCAGCACCGUCCUGGAGGUCCUGCGACACCGGGUUCGACACAAAGACUUCCUGUGGCUGAAGAUCAAAGACCACGCUUUCGGCAGCCAGGCCAGCGGUCUGACAGGCGAGUUCGGUGCCAGUGUCUCUUACACAGAAACAACCACAUCACCGACCACAGCCAGCAUCAACAUCAAAGGAGUUAGUCUGAACGCUCAGAGGAUUUCCACAGCGGACUACGGCUCCCGGGUCAAGGCCUCAGAGGAGUGCUGGCUGUUGGAGGGCGGCGGGCGUGGCCUCCUGCAGCCGAUGUCCCAGUACCUGGUGUCGGAGCUGUAGAGUGACCAGCCUGCCCUGGUCCGAGUCUGUCCGAGUCACAGCCGCCUGCGCACAGCGCUCCAGUCGUGCCUAAUAAACAUGCAAGAGAGACCUGC